AACAAUUACGCGCGAUCAGUUUGCUUGGUCCGUGUAUAUAGAUACAUAACUAUUUGAUAUAUUGAUCAUUCUGGAGGAAACGGAGUUCAGUCCGACCGAUUAAACAUUGUUAGAAACGGAAGGUGACGUUUGCGCCCGACGUUUCCUUGAUGCGCCCUUCGCCCUUUCGUUCGCGCCUCCGUGACUGGGCACGUUUGGCACCCCGCGUUUUGGCAGAUCUAAUACGGACACGUCACAUGAGUACUUCACGAACCGCCCACAAACGUAGUAGCUCAUCAGAUGAUUACGGGUUACACGCGUUACCUUGUUGCGAUUUGCCGGUGAGCUCGUUGAUUAAAUCACGAUGCAUGACGCAAAUUGACGUAUAAGGUUUAGCGUGUUUCAUCAUUACGCAUCACGGACGCGUGCUGAUCGUUCGUCGUCCUUCGCAGUUGCGAAACGAGGCGGAAAAGCGGCGAAAGCGGACACGCAUCCAGAUGCGUUUGCUGAUCGAUGCAAACUACCUCGUAGCGACGCAUCCGUCAUGCAUGACUAUUGUUCAUCUCUCAUUCUCAUCAAAUUGUAUGCACGAACGUAGGAAUUUUGUGAAUAAAUACCGAUCUGCGUCGAUAGUUUGAACCGUGCCUUACUUCCUGCCUCGAUCAAGUUCACUCCGUUUCCGUUGAUGAUUGCGAUGAAGCAUGAAAUAGAUCUCCAUCUCGACAGUUGUCGCCGCAUAGAAAACCCGCGAGAUUAAUCCUCCGUUAGAAUUUCAUUUCAGCCACGACGAGAAGCUAAUAUCGACCAUGUUUUCGUCAUGUCAAAGAACAUUCGCGUCUGUUGUCAGUUCGCAUUACGUCGGAGCUCCAGUUUGCUUUUGAAUCCCGUGUCUGACACGGCGGGGAAACGCAGGUAAUGCGGGACACAAAGGGAGAGAAGGAAAAGCUUGGAGGUCCAUAAAAUUCCUCGAAAUUAGUCGUCUCAAUUCAGUAGACGGAAUACCGAAUUAAAUGUGCUGAAUGGCGUAAUAAUACGGGACUGAGUGAAUUUCAGGGUGGAUUCAGGGCGGGACGCGUUGUGCAUACAAAUUGAGACGUCUAAUUCGGACGCUACCCGCGCGCGUGGGUAGUCGCAGCUAAUUGAACGACGUUAAGAGAGAAAUUUCCCAUAAUGAUUCUGUAUUCCGUGGUAACGGUAUUUUCUCGUAACGAUAGGUUUACUCCCUCCGUUGUAAUACGAGGAUAAUUUGUCCCACGGCAACCCUGAAUUCCUGAUGGAGAUACCGAAUUUUGCUGAUCUUGGGAAAAACGCGAGGGACGUUUUUGCGACGGGCUACCAUCACGGGAAGGGCCUUAUCAAGCUCAACGUCAAGACCAAGUCUGCCAGAAGAUUCCAGAUAACGAGCGACACAACCCUGAAUUUUGAAGCAUCGAAGUUAAGCGGUCUGAUGGAGACGAAGUACAAGGCAAAUGCCGGAGCUCUCCUGCUAAAAUGGACGACCGAGGGUGUGCUUUCUCUGGGAUACGAAUUUAACAGCCUGUUAAUGAAGAGCGUUGAUUUGCUUUCCGAGUGCACUUACAAUCCGGAGACUGCUGCGAAAUGCGUAAAAGUUGGCACGAAGUUCACCAACGAGAGAAUCAACGCACACUGCGAGAUUUGUCAGUAAAAGCAAUUAUAUUCCAUUAUAAUUUAUAUUAAUUUAAAUUAACUCGCCAUUUCCCGGAAACGAUGGUUAGUUUUUUGUCCGUAUUGGUAUCGCGCGUCACGUUUCUUGGAAACAGCCAAUGUUAAUCGCCUUAUCGAUAAUGGCCGCAGGCUUUUCUCUGUGAAGCGGGCAAUAAAAUACGUGGAACGAAUUCAUCCGCUAUUUAUAAGUUUUGCAAGGCUUCGGUUGGGUCAUUGCUGGUGGAAAGUAUACGAUAAACAAAGGGCGUCACUCUGUGUUGUAUUAUAUAUAUUCAUGCUAAGGGAUGGAGCAAACUUUUUAUGGUAACAGUUGAGUCAUUUGAAUUUUUCAUGAAUUAGAAAGGAGAUGCCGUCAUCUAAAGAAUAAAUUUUUUAAGAUAUGAAAUUAAUGUGACAUAUUAGUAUCUGUUAUAUUAUAACGUAAAUAUGUUUUAAAGAGAGUGAAAUAAAAUACAAAAACAGUCAAUUUUGUAAUUUUUAUGUAACGCCAGAUCAAUAUUUGAUAUUAUUAAUUAUUGAGAAUUUUCUGUAAUUACAUACGCACGAAAUAAU